AUGCUUAUGAUUUAGAUAAGCCUAGUUCUUAAUUUACCUGAUAUAUAAAAUUUAUAAACAAUUUUAUAGAUACUUCUUCCUCUGUUUUUUAGUAUUUUGACAACAUGUGAAAUUUAAACGACUGAUCUUUACAAUUUGUACAUUGAACCAGGAGUUUUUUAAGAUUAUUUGUUUAGAGAUAAAAUGGCUAAUUACUACUUUUAAAACUGGUUUAGAUUAUUAUUCAUAAUAAUCUGCUGUAUUAAAAUCUCUGAAAUUUAAAAUAUUUUUAUUUAUUAUUUAGUUUUUAGCAUGCUUUAAGUUAUAAUAGCUCAAAUUAAAUACCUUAAUAAAAUAGAAAAUUACAGUAGAAUUAUAAGAGAAUACUAUAUAUGUAUUACUUUAAUAGUAAUAAGUCAUAUAUCAAUAGACCAAAGAGAAAUCAGUGAUGAAUUAUAUAAAUAGAAAGAAUAAACUUAAAUUAAUUAUAGCAAUCUAAUAAUAGUUGUUCAUCUUAUUUAAAAAAUAUAUAUUUAUUUUAAUCUCUUAGCUUUAUAACCUUAUAAAAAUAUUUUUGGGUUUAGUAAUUAUCUUUGGAUCUACUUAUUACUAAUUGUGAUAGACUUAAUAUUUUGA